AUGCUAGCGGUCGAUGAGAGCGACUCUGAUAUCGAUGAUGAGGAUGCUCAGGCUGUGGACGAGUACACUACUGCCGAAGAGAGGGUUGCUGAAGAGGGUACAUCAGUCCAAUACCCUACUGAGCUCCCUGUUGGCUUCGACGCCUUCACUAACACUGCAUCGGAGGACAAGGCGGGUCUACCAUUCUCCGUGUCGUGUCCGCAAGAUGGUGAUGCUAUGGAGAAGUUGCUUACUACUUUCGACCCACUGA